AUGAAUGGCCUCUCUAGACGCAACUCUCGUGCUCACAGCACCAUUUCCGACGACACCAAUUCAACACCGCAGCCGCCACCCGCUCCACCGCCCACGCGUCGCAGCGGCACGCGUGGUGUACGCGCAGUCUCGACAGCCGCCGAAGCUGCACCGUCGGGGGAAGGGACGCAACAAAGUCACACCCCACCCCACUAUUUUCUUGCGCCUACUGUCCCAAGCCCAUUUUAUGGCAGCCUCGAAGCAAGCCUCGACGCCAUUUUGCACUGGGGCACACUGCACCCUGCCACGACGCCAGUGAAAGAAGAACUCCUACGACCUGUGACCACAUCAACGAACUGGCCUAGCCUACUGACGAGCACUAUCGGGGUUGCAAGCACACUGGACCACACGCUUGCCCGAUUCCUGUUGGAGGAGUUUGUGUUCCUGACCACGCGCAUCUUACUCCCUGAGCAGAUCGCCGAGAACAGAUUGGCGAUGGGCCGUCUGUACGACCGCAAGAAACACCUCGCCAUCAGACUAGUACUUAGGUACGAUAUGCUGCGAGAGUGGUCUGUAGGCGACGGACCGGUAGGGAAGAGGGACGUGAGCAUGCCGUCGGUGCCGCCUCCCACUACACUCCAGACCAUGAAAAGCACAAAUCCCCCGGACAGCCCAAUGCGAGAUACGGAAAUGGAAGCAGGAAAUCAAGGAUACAAGAGGAGGCAGCUGAUGCCGAAUGUCUGGCCUACGCUGAUUGCUGCGCCACCGGGUGGGUUCUUGACAAAUGGCGUGCGGGACAGGAUGAAGCAUUAUGUCACGCCACUUGAUAAAUGUCUGUUGUUGAGAGACGAUGAAGUGGCUAGAUGGAGUGACGAGUGGCUUGUGGUGAGGGCGAGUCAGAUGGUGUUGCAGUGGCAAUGGCUGAGACAGAAUAAUGAGACGCUAGAUGAGAUGGAGAUCGGUGGAUGGGAGGAAUUGGACGGGAGGGCUGAGGAGUGCGAGUGGAUUGCCGAGAAGAAGGAAUGA